AUGUUCAAGGCAGUUACUACAGUAUGCAUAAUCAGUUUAUGCGUACAAUUAUGCAAAUGUAGUCUAGAAAUAAUUCAAGAUAUGACUAAGGAUGACGUUUACAGAUUACAUUCUCCAGAUAUACAUCCUUUGAAUUACAAGAUUUCUAUAAAACUCUACCAUGUUGAGAGACAUUCUAAGGAAUAUUUAACAUUCAAAGGUGUUGUGAAGAUGGAAUUAGAAAUUGUAAGACCCACGCAAAUUAUAACAUUACAUUCACAAGGAUUGUUGUAUAAUCGCGAGAACUGCAAUAUAAGAAGUCUACAUAACGAUGAUCCUUAUGAUUUGACAAUUCGAUUUGAGCCAGAUAAAGAUUUAGUGCACUUUUCAAAGACAGAUGGCCAAUUUUCUGAAGGAAAAUACUUUUUAGUAGUAGGUUACGCUGGAAAAAUAGCAAAUCAAUCUAAAACUGGUAUAUUUUACAGCUCCUAUGCAAAUGAGAAAGGAGAGAAUGAUGUGUAUGUGUUGACGAAUUUUAAGCCAACAUAUGCCCGUUUAGUACUGCCUUGCUUUGAUGAACCAAGUUAUAAGGCUACUUUUGACAUCACAAUAAUACACAAAAAUGAUUUCGUAGCUAUUUCUAAUAUGCCAGUUAAAAGUAUUACAACUCAUGGUUUGACUCAAAUGACGACUUUUAAAACCACUCCAAAAAUGUCCAUACAUCUAUUAGCUUUCGCUGUAUUUGAUUUCAAAAGCAUUGGCAAUGAGGCUGGAAAUUUUAAAGUACACACUACUCCGGAACUAUUUCCUUUUGCUAGUGCAACAUUGAAUUUUAGUCAAAGGAUUUAUAAGGAGACAGAAAAAUUUACUGGUGUGAAGGAUGAAAUUGGAAAGUUUGAUCAAAUUUUAUUACCGUUUUAUUCCAGCUCAGUAAUGGGAAGUUGGGGCUUGGCACUUUACGGGUCCAACUUGCUGCUAGGACUAAAUAAAUCAAUACCCAGUUUUUCAUCUGUAAAAAAUAUAGCUCGUGGAAUAACGCAGCAAUGGUUUGAAAAUCUUGCCACUCCAAAGUGGUGGAAUCAUAUGUGGCUCAGUGAAAGCAUUUCCUCAUAUAUGGUCUAUUAUAUACUUGAAAAGGUUGAUCCCAAGCUUCAAUCAAUGAACAAAUUUAUGGUACAUAGUUUAAUUGAUUCCUUAUCUGGAGGAUACUCUUUUUCUAUGCAUAAAAAUGUACAAAAUGUGAAAGAUCCUUUUGAAAUACGACUAAUGCUUCAUUCCGCUUUGACACAAAGAAAAGGAGCUUGCAUCGUGCGCAUGAUGCAGCAUAUGCUUACGGAACCAGUUUUUCAGAAGGGAAUACAAAAUUUUAUAAGCAAAAAAUCUCAUGCAAACGUGGACUUGAAUGAUUUUUAUCAAGCAAUCCAAGAAGUUUUGGACUCCAUAAAAAUCAAUUUAGAUGUAAAAACUGUGAUGGAUUCUUGGCUUAAUUUUGAGGACUAUCCCCUUGUAAACGUAAAGAGGAACUAUGAGAAUCACAAAAUAGAACUCCAACAAGAGUGUUCUUCUAAUGAUGGUGCCAGUUACAAAAGCAGACAUGUCAAACAUACGUGGCACAUUCCCAUCAACUACGCUAGUAAAGGAAAAUUGGAUUUUACUAACACUUCAACGAAGUAUUGGUUAACAAAUACUUCAAUGAUCAUUGACUCUGAUGUUGAUUCUAAGGAUUGGAUAAUUUUGAAUAAACAAUAUACAGGCUUUUAUCGAGUUAACUACGAUGACAACAAUUGGAAAUUAGUAAUAGACUAUCUCAAAUCACAUAAUCGUGAGAAUAUACAUGUGUAUAACCGCAUUCAGUUGUUAAAUGAUGCUUUCGCACUGGUAAGAAAGGAUAUUUUAGAUUUGAAAAUUUUGAUGCAGCUUUACGAUCACUUGAAAAAUGAAAAAAGCUGCCUUGUAUGGUAUGUUGGUCUAAAUCUAAUAGACUGGCUCAACGAAAAAUUAUUAAACAUAGGAAAAGACUACUUAAUUUUUCAGACGUACGUCUCAAAAACGAUCCAGCUUAUAGUUGAAGACAUUGGUUUUGAAGACAAUGUAACAGAUGACGAUUUUACAAGAUCAUGCAGAAGAAGAGUUUUGUCCAUGGCUUGUAAAAUGGAUGACUUGAAUAGCAAAAAAAUAUUACUUAAUAGGUUUAAGAAUUUGUUGCGAAACCCGAAAAAUAAUAGCAUUUCUUCAUUAUUGAAACGAACUCUACUGUGUUAUGGUUUUCAACAAAUUACGGAAUUAGAUGAAGUGUAUGAACUUUAUAGUGAAAUGAGAAAUAUUUAUGGUAGUAAUGAAAAAAUUCCACUAUGGAUGAUUUUGACCAUGCUCAAUCAUAAUAAAGUCGGAGUUGAUAUUAUUUUGGACUUUCUUAUUAACGAUAUACCGUUAAGUGAAUUUAAAGAAAGACCUUUUCUCUUGCAACUCACCAUACAUUCGUUAGCUUCACAAACACCAAAACGUCACAGGAAACUGCUCCAAUCAGAAAAGUUUGAGGAUUAUCAGAAAUCAAUCAGUAGAAGUAUUCAAGAAUCUGAAAAGAACGAUCAGUGGUUACAAAAGUAUGGGAAAAAAAUAAUUGAGACCAUCAAAGGUCUAUAA